GAGUGCGGAGAAAAUGGAAAAAGAAGGGAAAAUGGAGAAUGUUUUGAGAUGUAUUAUUGUAGGAAUUCGUUUAGAUACUUGACGUUUUUGGAAGUGUGGUUAGUGAUAUUUACUUAAAGAACAAGUUUAUAAGAGAUUUUUAAAGUGCCAUUGUUGAUGAAGGCAGAAAAGACGUAAAAAGAGCAAUAUACAAACCUUCCGGAAGUGAACAGGUGAAGUUUCACAGAACGUCACAGAUAUUUUAUUUAAAUGUGUUGUCAAAGUGAAAAUAACCGAGCCUGACACGAUUAACAGGUGAAAAGCAGCUGACAAGAUUACCUGAAAUUUGGAUACAUUUUAACAGGGAUAUAGUAUUUGAAUACAACCAAUAACCAAAGAAUGCAAUAACAAUGGAAUCUAUUGGUAGAGUUUUCAUCCUGUUUGUUUGUCUCAUAGUCUGUCAUAGUAACCGAGUAAAAAAAAGAAAUGGCAUUGAGUGUCGAACAGUCAUUUGUAAAAUCAAUCAAAAGUUCAUCUCAUGUAAUGAGAGUGGACAGAUUGAUAAGUGUGUAGAUUGUCAACCUGGAACCAUUAUGCUUGAUAAAAUGGAUACAUACAAUUGGGAAACUCCUCAAGAAUGUCUGCCAAGUGGCUGCAAUGAAUGUGAUCUAUCAGAGGCUGUGCUGGAUAACCCAGACACUUGUGGAAUCUCAGAGAUGGCCAGAUGUGUGUGUGAUCUUACCAAGCUCUUCUACGGGGAAAAUAAACACGGAACAGCCACUGCCUGUACGAAGAAGACCGGGGACCUUUGUAAUCGACCGGGGAUACAGCUGAAUCAAAGAGGAGAAUGUGAGCCAUGCCCUGCAGGGACAGAGAAGACAACCAAUGAUUUCAGUCUAUGUAAGAAUAUAACGGAAUCCAGGAUCCUUACUACAAUAAGACCUGGGACAGGUUAUCAGCCCCCCAUAACAACACCCAGUCCAGGGGGGAAUAUGUCUCGGUCAUCACCCGAAGAAGACAGCAUUGGCACCCCUGGUAUUGUUGGUAUCAUUCUAGUUGUUGUUGUGGUGCUUGCUGUUCCACUUGGGAUGUUUGUCUACAAAAAAAGGAGGCAUCCUCAAGAGAGAGUAAAAAGUCCAUCCUUUAAUAACAUCUCCUCUGAUGGUUCCUCUGGAAAUAGCGAUGGAAAUAGUGAGAAAAGUUUAUUGAUGAAAUCUCCUCCAUCGUUAGACUUAGACAAGAAUGACAACAAAAGUUAUGUGAAGCCCAUCAUGAAGGUUGAACCCAUGAUAAGUGUGGAUGAAUCUAAAGAUUGUGAGGAUGGUGAUACUAAUUUUAGUAUUGAAGAUGAGGUAAUGCACCAAGGAGUACCACGUGGAAAUUUCAUGGCUGGAAACAACGAAGAAAGAAGUGAAUUAUCUAUCCCACUGGAAACAGUGGGUCCAGAAAACAGUAUCACUGACGUGAAGGCUGAAUAUUCAGCAGAUGAGACAGAUUUGAAAGUCCCAGUUGCAGGUGUGAGGGGAAGACCUGUUGAUAAUAACACUACUGUAAAAGCAUUGUAUUCAGGAGAGACUCAAGCGAAACAAAUUGUGACUGGUCCCUCUGAUGGAAGAUCUCGUAGGGUUGGAGCUAUCCCAUUAGGGGAAGAAACUGUCUUGAAGCAAGUUGGAAGUGACAAUUCAAGAGCAGUGUGUCAAAGUGACAACACAAUGGUUAAACCUUUUGUGGUUUCGGGAGACACUGCUGUAAAACAAGAGGGACCCGAUUUAAGUAAAAAGAAUAGUGAGGUGAAAAUUGGUUCAGUGAAACCAUCUGUGUCUCUAGAGGAGACUAACCCCAAACGCUACGACUCCUUGGACACCAAUAGAACAGUACCAGUGAGUCCAUCUACACCAGAGCAGUUUACAAACCAAAGAACUACUGCUGAACACAACCAAGUGUCAUAUAGUGAUAAAAUCCGUGGUCAGAAAAAUUGUGGGUAUUUAAAGGACGGUAACACAACGCCAGGGGUUUCCUCAGUAGGAGUGACCUCACACGGAGAACCAGAGAGAGGUGGUAGUCAUGACGAUGAGGGAGGAGCGGAGGAAGGGGAGAAUCUUUCCCCACAGACAGGUAGUGGUCUGAUGACCCCAAGGGUAACCCCUAUCUGUCGUCCACAGAGAGUGGAGCCAGUAAGAGCGCUGCAGAUGACUGCUGUACAGCCCAGUCUGCAAUGUACUGUUGGAUCAGUUGGCCGAGUGAAUUCCAAAGAAUAUGAUCAGAAGGAGGAUUUGAAUCCUCUGCAUAGACAGAUUUCUGGCCAGAAUUCCAGUGGAUCUAUGUGUCAGAACUCAACUGUUGAAAAUUCCACAGCCUCAUCUGGCUACGGCACAGCAAGGAAGUCAGAGAUGGAAUCCAGUGCAAAAAAUUAUUACCCAGUCCAAGGAAUUCCCAGUGAAGCGUGUUCGCCAGAGCCAAUUGUCAUUAAUCCGCUGUUGCGCUCAGAAUCUCACGAAGCCAAUGAUUCUCAUCAGCCAGUGACUUACAACAUGAUGCACAACAAAUCCUUGGGACUUAAUGGACUAAUGGCUGCCCCUUCACUGAGACCUGACUCCUCUGAUAGUGUUUCGGGGAUAGCCCAGCCACGAGAUAUGCCAGUGGUGAUCAAAAGAGAAGAGAUCCCCAUGCCAGCUAGAUUUGAGGAGAGCAAUAGGCAUCAAGUAAUCCCCAACCACCAGGUUGACCCAGUGACUGUGGAGUCCGGAUACUGUUCCUAACCUGAUGAUCUGAUGAAUGGCAGGCCCUGACCUACCCGCUGUUACCUCUGAUCUACAGCAGCUAUCCGUCUAACCAGUUCCCUUAAAUUUUGCAUAAGUGUAUAUUGAUUGCUAUGCAAUGAAAAAGCCUACCACGAUAUUAUCCCAUACAUUCCUUAUCUGUGUCCUUUGUCUUAGAGAUUGUGUAUUGUGCUUAAAUUGCAAUGCAUGUUGUACGUGUACAGUGUAGUGUGUAAUCCGCAGCAAUGAGUGCCAUAAUAUUUUAGCCGCAUAUAUUCAUGUACAGUAUUUUGCUUUUCUUUGCCAGCAGAGGGAGUUGCUCAACAGAAUUGUAACACUAUAGCUCAUUGAGACUUAGUGAGUCGUUGAGCAAUGUGUUCAGUACCUGUGUACUUAGAGGUGCCAUCUAUGUGUAUCUAGAGGAUGAACUGUUAAUCAUGAAAUCUUUGAAAAUUUUAAUCAUGACGAUCAUCUCAAUAGAAAAUACCGGUAAAUCAUGAACUGAUUGAGAUAAUCAAUUGUUUUAUCAGAUUGGUACAUACAAUACAUAUAUGUAGUUUUUGUAGUUACUUAUUUAAUGAGUCUUUGUAUGGAAAAAAGUCCAUGGAAUUUAAUUUUGCUUACCAGUAUAUAUUAAUCAGUGAAUACACAUUGUAUAACAAUAGCUCAGCUUCUUGUAUGGUCAUGUCAUUCGAUAAAUCACUUAAAUUAAAGGAUGUAUGCAUUAGUAACAAUAUGUUACAUGUAUGGUAGUUGCAAAGGGGUAAGUAUACAUGUCAACUUGAUUAGUCUGAAAUUUACCUGUUAUCAGUCUUAAAGUGCACAUAUAUGCACUAAUCGAAACAUCUACAUUUUGAAGAUGAUUCCAUAAAUUCCAUUACAUGUAGCAGUGAGAAAGUCAAUUAUUUAGUUACAAUUGACAGAACUGCUAAAGCUAAUUGAUUUUACACAGACUUGGCUAUUGAAUGGAACCUCCUAUUUUCUGACAUUGUUUCAUUAAAGUUCUUGCCCAUUUGUAAUAUCCCGGUAUACCCUGCUUUAUGAGCAUCAGCAGUAGUGAUGUUUUACAUUUUGUAUGAACAUGUGCAUUAACUUAGACUUUUUGUUAAAUGGACAGUUUGUUGUAUAUUGUUACCAGUGCAUAUUAUUAUUCUACUCUAAUCAUGGCUCCAUAUGUUUUAUUAAGGUUUGAAAAUAUUUUUUCUCAGUUAAAAAAAAAAAAAAAAAAACUCGUACAAAAUGAUAAUGGUAUAUCUUUUUCUGUAUACGUAAAUUUGAAAAAUGUGAUCAUAUCAAAUACCCAAGAAAGCAGAGUAGUCCAUGUUGUUCAUGGUUUAAUAGAAAGCCGUGUUUUAUGCUUCUAGGUGCAGCCGUUAGUCAUACAAUGUAAAGUUUGCAAUAUAAAUCAUUGUUUUUCGUUUAAUGAUUCUGAUUUUAAGGUCUUAGAAUGAAGAUUAAUGCUUGAAGUGUAUUUUUGCAUAGAUAGAAGAGCAUAUUUUAUAAGGUGUUUGUAUUUUGAUAUGGAUAGUUUUAAGUUUGUUUGAUGGAAGGUUGUAUGUGUAUACCUUUUUUGAGUGUGAUAAAGGAAUGUAAUGGUUAAAUUUUAAAUGUUUUUAUCAGUUCAAUGACAAAAUACAUUUACUUUACAAACCAGCAUUUUUUUAGGGUAAUAGUUUUAAAACUGUGAUAAUGUAAUUUUUGGAAGUUGAUUUUUAAUCAACUCUCCUAUGCAGUCACUCGGACAAACCGAAAGUAAAACAGUGUUUGGACCUCAGCACAAAUCAUUGCUCCUGACAAGACUUAGUUCUUGAAAAUAAUUGAUGAAUUCGAUGUAAUGUAUGCUAAAGCAUUGUUUUUCAAGGAAACUUAUUUACAAAUACCUUAAAAAUAGUCAGAUUUUAAAUGGUACGAACAAUUUAAAUAUUUUUUGUAGUCGUAUGUAUUCCUAUGCCAGAAUUCAAUAUAGUCUCGUUCAACUCGACGCUCGGCUGUCUCCAUAAACCCUUGUUGGAGAUUUACGGUGUCAGCUGAGCAUUUGGUUGAACGAGACUAGAGUUCAAUAUUGCUUGGAUCCAUACAAUUUUCGAGAAAUAUUUCUAUUACUGAUAAAUAGUUUGAUUGAAUUCAUUUUAUCUUUAAAUAUUAUUUAACAUGAUUCAUAUGGAUGUUUCUCGACAUUCUAGUCGAAAAAGUUCAAAAAUUCAUAUUAAUAUAAAAAUAUGCGUAAUUCAAAUUAGAAACUAAGUAUACAUGUACUUGUCAUGCAAAAUAACAUAUCAUUGAUUUUAAAAUAAAUAAACAUCGACAAAAUCAACUCCCACCAGUUCUUCAGUACUUUGAUUGAGGAUCUGGGCCCUUGGUUCUCUAAUUAAGUAUACUGUUAAUCUUGUAAGACAAAUUUGAAGUAAAUUUUCGUUUAGGUUUGGUUGUUUUUACUUUUAACACGUCUAACUCAGCGUUGUUAUGUGUACACCCAUGAUUUGUUCUAGCAGUAGGGAGCGUUACUGAAUAAAUUCAUGUAAUAUAGAAACUACCUAAUGUUUGUAAAAAACAUGUUGAUCUGUACGAAGGUUGUCUGCAGUAUGCGUACACCGGUGCAUUAGAUUAUGGUUGUCUGGGUGGGGAAAGUAAAAAUAUCCUCUCACUGUGAUAUAUAUGUUGCAUGUUUUGUUUAUGUUGUGUACAAGGUUUUGUUUUAGAAAUGAUGGAAAAGUGAGUGUGCGAGUUCUAUGUAAUCUGUGUGUUUAAAUGUCUAGUCUUUUUUGAGUUUCAUAGAGUUGUAAACCAGUAUGUUUAUACUUGUAUUAAUCUUGUUGGCAUUUUGUGUUACUUGCUUUUUGUUGAAUGAAAGUGCACAUGACAUAUUGCAUUGCAAUAAAAAUUUCACAAACAUCGCAAAA